AUGCCUGGUCCAUAUGAAGAGGAACGUGUUUGGGAAGGAUCAAAUCACGCACAGUACGAGGAUGAAGGGACGGAGGACGUUAUUGAUAAUCCAGAAGAAGUAUUACAAGAAUGCCUUGAGAAAUUUAAAACUCCUGACUAUAUCAUGGAACCCGGCAUUUUUGGUCAGCUAAAAAGAUAUUUUCAAGCUGGAGGAAAUCCAGAACAAGUAAUUGAGCAACUCUCAAUUAAUUACAAUGCUGUUGCACAAAUGGCGAAUUUACUUGCUGAAUGGCUUAUUCUUGGAGGAGUUAAAGUAACUGAAGUACAAGCUAUGGUUGAAAAUCAUUUAAAGGACAUGAUAUUAAAAACAUUUGAUCCAAAAAAAGCUGACACAAUUUUCACAGAAGAAGGUGAAACACCCGCUUGGCUUACAGAGAUGAUUGAGCAUCCAACAUGGAGAUCUUUAAUAUACAAAUUAGCAGAGGAAUAUCCUGACUGCCUCAUGUUAAAUUUUACUAUUAAGUUAAUAUCUGAUGCUGGGUUUCAAGGAGAAAUAACAAGUAUAUCAACAGCAGCACAACAAAUUGAAGUAUUCUCUAGAGUUCUAAAAUCUGCAAUUGUGGGAUUCUUACAAAGCUCAGACGAUUGGCAAAAUAGUGUAACAGAAUGUGCUAAAAUGGUUUGUCACGGUGCACACACUUAUGUGUAUAGCCAAGUGAUAGUUCAUAUACUAUCUCAAGAGCCUAGAGGUGGAGCAAUUAUGAAGAGACUUAGUCAAGAAAUUACCCGAUGUGCCCAACAAAGUGGCCACGAUGUGACUCCGAUCACACUAGCUCUAACUCCCGGCGAGUCCUGGCGCAGCGCGCGCACCGCGUUGGCCGCCAUGCUGUCCAGAGGAGCUCUGAACCCUGCCGAUAUAUCAUUACUGUUCCGUGCCUACACCCAGCCUGAACCACCACCGGUCCACUUUCUGAGAAUACCACAUUUUCUAGAACUUCUCGUAGAUUCCCUGUUUAAGUUAGGCAGUAAAUUAAACCCAGAGCACAAAUCCAAAUAUAUGUACUUAUUGGCGUACGCCGCGAGCGUCUGUGAGGGCGUGACUCCCGGGCGGCCGGUGAAGGACGAGUUGAAGGCCACAGUGCAAGCUAUUGAGAAAAUACAUGCCGUAUGCAGCAGUUCUGCCAGCUCUAGUGAACUGAUCGCGGAGUUACCCUCCUUGUAUCAUUGUAUAAGGUUUCCAGUUGUCGGUAUGGGUGUGUUAGUGUGGGUGGAAUGUGUGGUGACAGAAAAAUCAUAUUUUAAGUUGUGUAUUGAACAUUGUCCUGUUCACUUGGCUUUACUUGACGAAGUGGCCUCCUGCCACCCUCUUCUACACCACAGACUUCUAAAGUUAUUGGUUCAACUCUUUGAAUCUCCUCAAGAUGAAUUAGAAAUUUUAGUACAGUUAGAAUUAAAGAAAAUGCUUCUUGAUCGUAUGGUUAAUUUACUAAGUCGUGGGUGCGUCGUGCCCGUCCUACAAUAUAUAAAACAGUGCGUGAAAAGUGGCGACGUGGACAUAUCGCUUAUUAGAUACUUUAUUACCGAGGUACUAGAUGCCAUAGCUCCCCCAUAUACCCCAGAGUUUGUUCAAUUGGUCUUACCCAUGGUGGAAAAUGAAGAAAUCACUGGAACCAUGAGAGCAGAGGGUGAAAAUGAUCCAGUGUCAGAGUUUAUAGUUCACUGCAAAGCACAUUAUGUUGUUGUA